AUGGCCGUUAUCUUCGGGUGUUGGCCGAAGCGUCCGCGCCAGACCCUGGCUGGCUGCAGAGCCAUCCAGGUCUGCAAUCUUUCUGGCCAGGAGCGCUAUGGGACGAUAAGGAACCUGGUUAUUACAUCGUUUAACCGGGUCCUUAACCGAGCCCUGGACAGCUUAGCGUCCACCCAUCCGCCAAUCCGUCGUCUAUUCCGCAGCUCAUCGCAGACCGGUUUGAGUGCGGUGGAACUCGACCGGCAGCAGCCAAAGACGCUCCAACGCUAUCGCCGCGUAUGGCGGCGGUAUCUAGCCUGGAUGGUACGCGGAGCCCCUCUGACUGACCAAGAGCGCACGGAGAUCCUCGGCCUCCGGUUAGACAAGUAUAAGCAGGAGCAUCUUACCCGGAUCUGGGACACCCUCCAGGCAUACCUGGCUCAUCCGGAAGAAACCCUCGCAGCGGGCCACUUCCUUCAACGAAUGGAGCAAACUAAUACUCGGCAGCAGGCAGUUAAGCGCGCCUAUAAUCGGAACUACAUUAUCUACCACCACUGCCAACUCCCGGGCGGGUACCGCCGCCGUGCGCAAACGGCCGCGGCGAGAGAGCGUGACCCCGACACCAUUGCCACCACCAAUGCGCCGUGGCCAUCGCCGUACAGCCUCCCAAGCUCGAUUGUUAACUCCGACGAAGGCCUCCGGCACUCGACUCCGCGAUCCUCGUGUAGGCGGCAGUGUGUCUACUGUGUGUAUCCCUAUAACUCCACCCUUGUUAUCUCCAGACGCUCAAUCCUCUCAAACCAGUCUGAUGAGGAGGAAGAAGACUUCCUGACCAGUACAGAAUCGCCAAUCCCGUCUAUGGGUAACGGCGCCAACCUGGAUCAAACGAGCCGGAGGGGCGUGCCUCAGCUUCCACCGGAAUAUCAGCGGUGGCUGGAUAAGAUGGUCUUUUCGCUCUGUAUAAGCAGUAUUAGCACUCGUGCUAUCCAGCAGACUGGCAACAAAUUUGACAGCAGUCUAGUUGUACUAACAGCCGUGCUUGCAAUUUACCCUGUCCAUCUCACUGUGGCCGGUCCAUAUAGCUACACCAGCGACCUGGCUGCCAUCCUCUGGAUUUCACGGCUGCUUCUGCUGGAGUAUGCACUGCCCGCCAAGCCAUACCACUUUAUUAAUAACGUGCCGGUCCCCGCAGCGGUGCACUACACCUUUGGAGUCCGGCAUACUUUUUACCCACUGGAGGAGAUUUUACGGCUGACCGCCUAUGGGAUAUACCAGAUGUAUCACGAGAUCCAGCACCUGAUCCACACGACCACAGACUUCUUUAACCGGGAACUCCUGCUGGGCUACGUUGAGGACUUUACACUGGCGGACUUGGUCGACGUGCCCAGUGAGAGACAGAGUGGCUUCUCCUUUCUCGACAUGGCCCCCACCAUGCGCGGCCCACGUGCAUCCCUCUCCUCCUGCUCUGCCAGUAUCCACUGUCUGGUCACCUGGGGCCAGACCAGUCGUGAGAAGGAACUACUCACUAUUAAAUGGCAGAAUACCGCGACAUCCCAGCGGAAUAUCUUUCUCAGCAACGGCCAGGUUAUAAUCAUAACCGAAUAUUACAAGACCCGCCGCCGGACCGUCCGUACCCACCCCGUUGCUCGAUUUCUUCCCUCCGCGUUAGUACCCCCGGAGUCCCGGGCCCGUCGGGAGGCCAAGCAUGAUUACUACUUCUUUGUUAUUCCUUCCUUGCCGGUUUCCCUGCCGCCCCGCAAGUUGACACAUCUUCUACGCCAGUCGACUCAGCCGUUUUUUAACAGUGCCUAUCUAACCACCCUAAGUUAUCGCCAUCUGUCUAUCGCCAUUGCCAAGAAACAUCUCCGCCCCCAGAUAACUGGAUCUAACCUGCAGUCCGCCGAGACAGUCCUCCAUAAUAUCCUUGCCGCCCAGGCCGGUCAUCAUUCCCAUAUCAAUAAUUAG